AUGCCCUUCUCGCUCCCCGUGGACCACCCUCAGAUCCGUCUCUCCCCCGUCCCACCCUACGCUGAUCCACACGACCAGUCCGACUCGGAGCUGCUCCUCGAGGACCACUACCCCGCCACCCCGCCUGCCCCGUCCGAUCCCAACUUCCCCCCGUCCCCAGACCUCUCCGCCCACGCUGCAGACAGACUCUCCGACCACUCGCUCCUCUAUCCUGCCUCCUACCACGGGCCCUACACCCGCCUCCCCUACUCUCCGUACUCCUCCGUAUCAAACACCCCCGUCCCCUCCCGCCCCUCCUCUCCGCUCCCCCCGUAUGUCUCGCCCACCCUCCCGUACUCCUCCGGGGUCUCCUCCUGCAGCUCAGAAAGCGACAGCGACCCAGAGCCGUCCUACCUCAGCGAUGUUGCUCCCCUCCGUCGCCGCACUCGCAGAGAGGAACGCCGCCGCUGGUCCAUCAUCGACGCUGUCCGUCGCCAUCGCCGUCGCGAGGCCAUCACCGGCUUUCGCGCCUUCAAGCGCGCUAUUCGCUUACUCGUCCGCCAUCCCUACUUUCCCAAGACUCCCGUCACCAUACUCCUCACCCUUACAUUCUUGACCCUCCUCGCCGUUUCUGUCACCUUCCUCGUCAUUUAUAUCCUUAAUCCCGACAAAGAACCUCUCCCCUGGCGCGGCUACUGCACCAUCCCCCGCGGCACCUCCGCACGUCCUCCAGACGACCUCCCGCCCUCUGCGUCCUUUCCGUACGCACCUGCCGAGGACUUUACGCCUUUGUCCUUCCCGCCCCCAGACCUCGACGACCUCUCUCCUGCGGGUGUGUUCGUCGGCGUUUUUUCGGUCGAUAAUGCGGUCGAGCGUCGGAUGCUCAUCCGAUCCACAUGGGCCAGCCACCCACGCAGUCGCGAGGGCGCCAACGACGCCGACGCCGGUCUCGGCACCUCCCGCACCGUCGUGCGCUUCAUCCUCGGCCAGCCGUGCAAGGAGUGGGAGCGCCGCAUCAGGCUCGAGAUGGAGAUGUACAACGACAUGGUGAUCCUCCCCGUGCAGGAAAACAUGAACUCGGGCAAGAGCUAUGCCUACUUCACCUGGGCUGCCUCCUCCGCCUGGGUGCCCCCGCUCUACGCCGCCUUCCCGUCCUACCCCCCGCCGGUCUCCUACACCAACGCCACCACCCUCGCGCCCGUUCCCGCCGACCACGACUCGCUUCACGUCCACCGCGACUAUCUCACCGGCCAGCAGCGUCCGUGGGUCCGCCCGGACUACGUCGUCAAGGUCGACGACGACUCCUUCGUCAUGCUCGCUGAGCUCGAGGCCCGCCUCCGCGUGGAGCUGCAUCGCCGGCCAGGGCAGCCCGCCGCGGGCGACGCGCACGCGUCGCCAGACCCCGUCGCCGCCUCGCUCGCCGCCGCCAUCUCGCCGUCCACCAACGGCUCUGCGCCCGUGUACGGGGACGCGGGCGCGGACCCCGCCGCGGACCCGCUCGUCUUCUGGGGGUACCUCGUCAAGAACCGGUUCAUGGCGGGCGAGCUGUACGCGCUCAGCUUCAGCCUCGCGCGCUGGGUCGCGACGGACCCGCAGGUGCGCGGGCUCACGCGCGGCGCGGAGGACAAGCAGACGGCCAAGUGGAUGCGCCUCCACCCGCGCGCGGACGAGGUGCGCUGGGCGAGCGAGCGCUGCUGGAUAUACGACCACCCGCGGGCGGGGACCGUGUACUCGCAUGGGUUCCUCUUCCCCUCCGAGGUCGCGCGCGUGCAGCGCGUCGUGCUCGACGACAUCGCGUACUGGCGCGCCGCGUCGUCGCGCGCCGCGGCAGCUGCGGCGGCGGACCCGAACACGCAGCAAGGGCCGCAGAUCUUGACGUCGCAGCUCGGCGCACCGAGCGCGUACGUGCCCUCGCCGUUCGGCGCGAACGGGCUCCCGCCGUCGACGUGGGCGUACUCGAGCGUGUCCAAGUUCCGCGCGCGGUACGCGCCGCCGGUGCCGGACCUCGCGCUCGCGCAGAGCGUGGAGGCGCUCGUGGAGGGAAGCGAGAUGUCGCUGCUGCAUGAGGGCGGCGCGCGCACGCCGUUGCAUGCGUGGAAGGAUCGUGAAGGCCGGCGGACGCGGUACGGCGGUGCGCGCGUGGGCGGGACGGUCGUCGUGCAUUUUAUCAAGAAGAAUAUGUGGUUCCUCGAGACUGCGGACGCGAUGCUGCUCGGGGAGGACGUCACCGAGGCGGAGCUGGCUGCUGCCCCUCCGCCGCCGCCGCCGCCGCCGCCGCUAUUACCGGCGUCGAUGUCGACGGGGGCGGGGGCAAGGACCGGGAAGCGGAGGCUGUCGGGCGAGGAUGCGGGGGGUGCGAGGGAGCGCGUGAUGCACAUGCCGGCUGCGGCGGUACGGACACACCGGGGGCGGUAA